GCUAAGAAUGGUAAUGCAGUUUCAGGGGUUAGAAAAUCCAAUUCAAAGUAGUCCUCGCCAUAGACACGCAUCAUCAGGAUUUAUUAUGGAAAUGAUGAACAUGAAGUCUGAUAAAGGUGUACUAACAGAACAAGCAGCAGGACCUUUGGGACAGAAUCUAGAAGUAGAGCCAUACUCACAAUACAACAAUGUUCCGUUUCCGCAAGUUCAGCCACAGAUUUCCUCGUCAUCCUAUUAUUCCAACCUGGGUUUCUAUCCCCAGCAGCCCGAGGAGUGGUAUUCUCCUGGAAUAUAUGAACUCAGGCGAAUGCCAGCUGAGACUCUCUACCAAGGAGAGAUUGAGGUAGCAGAGAUUCCUGUAACAAAAAAGGCCCGAAUGAGUGCAUCAGCGGGGAGAAUAAAAGGGGAUGAAUUAUGUGUUGUUUGCGGAGACAGAGCAUCUGGUUACCAUUAUAAUGCACUGACCUGUGAGGGCUGCAAAGGUUUCUUCAGGAGAAGCAUUACCAAAAAUGCCGUGUACAAGUGUAAAAAUGGGGGCAACUGCGUGAUGGACAUGUACAUGCGAAGAAAGUGCCAGGAAUGCCGCCUAAGGAAAUGCAAAGAGAUGGGAAUGUUGGCUGAAUGUAUGUAUACAGGCUUGUUAACUGAAAUUCAGUGUAAAUCUAAACGACUAAGGAAAAACGUGAAGCAGCAUGCAGAUCAGACCAUUAAUGAAGACAGCGAAGGUCGGGAUUUGCGACAAGUGACCUCGACAACCAAGUCAUGCAGGGAGAAAACUGAACUCACCCCAGAUCAACAGAAUCUUCUGCAUUAUAUUAUGGAUUCAUACAGCAAACAGAGGAUGCCUCAGGAAAUAACAAAUAAAAUUUUGAAAGAAGAAUUCAGUGCAGAAGAAAACUUUCUCAUUUUAACUGAAAUGGCAACUAGUCAUGUACAGAUUCUUGUAGAAUUCACAAAAAAACUGCCAGGAUUUCAGACUUUGGACCAUGAAGAUCAAAUUGCUUUGCUGAAGGGGUCUGCAGUUGAAGCUAUGUUCCUGCGUUCAGCUGAGAUUUUUAAUAAGAAACUUCCAGCUGGACAUGCUGAUCUAUUGGAAGAAAGAAUUCGAAAGAGUGGUAUCUCUGAUGAAUACAUAACACCUAUGUUUAGUUUUUAUAAAAGUGUUGCAGAAUUGAAAAUGACUCAAGAAGAGUAUGCUCUGCUUACGGCAAUUGUUAUCCUCUCUCCAGACAGACAAUACAUAAAGGACAGAGAAGCGGUAGAAAAGCUCCAGGAACCACUGCUUGAUGUGCUCCAGAAGUUGUGUAAGAUUUAUCAGCCCGAAAAUCCUCAACAUUUUGCCUGUCUCCUGGGUCGCUUGACUGAGCUGCGGACAUUUAAUCAUCACCACGCAGAGAUGCUGAUGUCCUGGAGAGUAAAUGACCACAAGUUUACCCCACUUCUUUGCGAAAUCUGGGAUGUGCAGUGAUGAACACUGCAGGGGCAACAGCAUCUAGCUCUUGAUUUUCCUCAUAAUAUAAAUCUGAUGUACAACUUUCUUUUAUUUCAUUUGCACCUGGUCUCACACAAGAAUUUUGACAAAUAUUUAUGCAGUAAUUCCAUAACUUACACAGUUGUAAAUAUAGAGCUGGAUAGAAUGACUUUCUUUACAUUGUAUUUUAUAAGGCUUCAGGGAGUCUUUCGUUCUAACUGGCAUGCCCUGUUUGCCUAAUUAAAUUGAUCAUUCUUUACCUCUAUCUGUUGAAAUAGGGAAAAUUUCAUUUUGCUCUUUAUCUUACCUUAUUUGCAUACAUUUUAUCAAAGAGCUGGUUUCAACUUUGGCAAUAAACUGAACAUAAUGGUAACAGGCUUUUCUUCUGGAACAAAAUUUGAAAAAUAUACAAACUCAUUUCUUUAAAUGGUGAAUCACAUCCUAA